AUGGCAAGACUACAUUCGAGUGACAGGAGACAAGCAGGCAGGGAAACUUGCAGAAAUAUAGACAAUCUUGGUAAUGCACAAGAAGACAAAGGUGAUACCCACAGGAUCAGCAGAGAUAUUGCUACAGAGAAAUGGACACACCUACAAGGUAACCACGAGGACACUGAUCAGUCAAGCAACGACACAAGCAAUGAUCUUAUCCUACUAGAGUUCAAAGCCGUAUUUGACGGACUAAGCUGUCUGCCAGGACACUAUUCCAUUCGACUAGAUGACAAUGCAGUACCUGUAAUUUAUGCACCUCGUAGGGCACCAGUGGCACUGAGAGAUGCCAUCAGAGAUGAGUUGGACAGAAUGACAGAGGAAGGAAUCAUAGAGCCGGUCACAGAACCUACUCCUUGGGUGUCAUCGAUGGUCAACGUGAGGAAGCAAAACAACAAAGUUUGGACAUGUAUUGACCCUCAAGACCUAAGCAAGUCAAUCAGAUUGGCAAAUGCAAAAGUAUUCUUGGUGUGGGCUGCGAGAGCUAGCUUUUGGCAGAUCAAACUGGACGAGCGAUCCAGCCUAUUGACCACAUUUAACACACCCUUCGGCCAAUAUCGUUGGAGGAGAAUAUCAUUCUGUAUCAGUUCAGCGUCAGAAGUUUGGCAGCAGAGGAUGCAGGAAGUUGUAGAAGGUCUUAGUGGCGUGGAAGUUAUUGCAGAUGACUUUCUAGUGAUUGGAAGAGGCAACACACAGGAGGAAGCUAUAGCUACUUGUGACCAUGACAAGAAGCUGAGAGAGUUUCUCAAGAGAGCACUAGAGCGGAACCUCAAGUUGUCUUUGGAAACGACUAAACUCAGAUUGACUGAAGUAUUGUACAUGGGACACAAGAUCACAUCCAAGGGUCUCGGUGCACACCCUGAUAAAGUGAAGGCAAUUAGGGAGAUGCCAACGCCAACAGAUGUUAAAGCUCUUUGA